AUGUCUUCUUUCAGCUCGCCACUGAGACAACCUUCAUCAACGGCCAAAGUGUGCCUGGUGUGUGGAGAUGAGGCUUCAGGAUGUCACUACGGUGUGGUGACAUGUGGAAGCUGCAAAGUCUUCUUUAAGAGAGCCGUAGAAGGUCAGCACAACUACCUUUGUGCCGGGAGAAAUGACUGUAUCAUUGACAAGAUCCGAAGAAAAAAUUGUCCGGCAUGCCGUGUACGGAAGUGUCUUCAUGCUGGAAUGAACCUCGGAGCGCGAAAAUCCAAGAAGUUGAAGCUGAAGGGUGUCAGCGAAGACCUGCAGGGAUCUAAAGAUGGCCAAAUAUCCACAGGUGGUGUUUCAGGUGGUUACCUGUCCUCAGAGAAGGAGCUGAGUGCCAGCGCUGCCAAUGCCCUGGUGCCCCACGGGCCUGGGGUGGUCACACCUUUCCUGCCACCCUCCAUCUGCAGUGUGUUGGAGCUGAUAGAGCCCGAAGACGUGUACUCUGGCUAUGACAACACACAGCCUGACACAACUGACCACCUGCUGUCCAGUCUCAACCGCCUGGCUGGAAAGCAGAUGGUACGCAUGGUGAAGUGGGCCAAAGUACUUCCAGGUUUCCGGGGCCUGCCCAUUGAGGACCAAAUCACCCUGAUCCAAUACUCAUGGAUGUGUCUGUCCUCCUUUUGCCUCAGUUGGCGCUCCUACAAACACACCAAUGGACAGAUGCUCUACUUUGCCCCUGAUCUCAUCUUUAAUGAGGAUCGCAUGCGGCAGUCAGCCAUGUAUGAUCUGUGUCUGGGCAUGAGGCAAAUAAGCCAGGAAUUUGUUCGAUUGCAGCUAACCUACGACGAAUUCCUCUCAAUGAAAGUUCUCCUGCUUCUCAGCACAGUGCCCAAAGAGGGUCUGAAGAAUCAGGCGGCUUUCGAGGAGAUGAGGGUUAAUUACAUCAAGGAGCUCCGACGUUCAGUGGGAAAAGCAACCAACAACUCCGGCCAAACCUGGCAGCGCUUCUUCCAGCUCACCAAGCUGCUGGAUGCCAUGCAUGAUCUCGUUGGGAACUUGCUGGACUUCUGUUUCUACACCUUUCGCGAGUCCCAGGCCCUAAAGGUGGAGUUCCCCGAAAUGUUGGUGGAGAUCAUCAGUGAUCAGAUACCAAAGGUGGAGUCAGGCCUCACUCACACCAUCUACUUCCACAAGAAGUGA